UGAGAGGGGCGCGUCGAGCGAAAACAACGUGGCUGCGUGUUGUGUUGUUCCCACGGCGAGAUGCAGGUCGAGGUGCAGAAGGGUCGGGAUGAGCAACCUGUGAGAGGAGGCUGGUGGCCUGGGGUAAUCCACCCCACCCUGGAGCGAUGGCUAACAGCGGCCCCCGUUAUCGAUUAACUUGCGACGCGGUCGAGUCUAGGGUCUCCUGUGCUUCUUUCGCAGGUCGGUGGUGUGUUUCAAGAAGUUUGCGCAGGCAGAGCUGCUGUGGUUGUGGCGAAGUGGCUCACACAUGGGCGUCUGCCGUAUGCAUCUGGCUUGCGCUUGGAGGGAUGCAGCUCUGGCGAAGAGCGAGGCGCGUGCACCAAUCGCCGCUGAUAUCCGAGCCAAGCGUCGAAUCCGCCUUGGAGGCGACAGCUGGAGACCGAAGGCGAGACCACGGGAUUGGAAGAUAUUUUGGCGGAGAAGCCGGAUGAUUCAUGGUGUUGAGCUCUGCAACCCAGCGAGAGUAGCCGCAGGUACCAUGCAAAGCCUCCAGGGGUCCACACUUCUUCAGCGGACCAAGUAGCAUCGAAU